AGAAGCGGCGGCCCCGGGACCGGCCCCGAGCGCAGGCCAUGGACCCCCCCCGGCGGGUGCGCCUCAAGCCCUGGCUGGUGGCCCAGGUCAGCAGCCGCCGCUUCCCGGGGCUCCACUGGCUCGACCCCGAGCGCCGCCGCUUCGUCAUCCCCUGGGGACACGCCACCAGGAACCCCCCGGGACCCCAGGACCACGACACCAUCUUCAAGGCGUGGGCGCAGGAGACGGGCCGGUUCCGGGCCGGGGACCCGCCGGACCCCCCGCGCUGGAAGGCCACCCUGCGCUGCGCCCUCAACAAGAGCCGCGAGUUCCGGCUGCUGCUGGACGGGCCCCGCGGGUCCCCGGCCCGGCCCUUCCGCGUCUACGAGCUCUGCGAGGAGCCCCCCGGGGCCGCAGAUGGGGGGGACGAGGAUGACAAUGGCUGCAGCGGGGAGGAAGAUGUCAGCCAGCUCAACAUGACAUCCCUGAGCAUCGAUGACACGCAGCACGGGGGGGACCUGCUGCCCCCCUACUCCUGGGCCAAGGAGGAGCCCCCCCCCUUUGCCAGCUGCUGCCCCCCGGGGGGCCCCUUCGGGCCUCCCCCCCCGGCGCUGCUCCAGGGGGAGGCGGGGGGCACCCGCGGGGUCCCUGAGCUGCUCCCCGGCCCCCUCGCUGAGACGGGGCCCCCCCUGGGCCCCCCGGGACCCUCGUCCACCUGCCCGGUGGCACCGACAGAGCAGCUGAUCCCAGACCUGCUCGUCAGCCCCCACAUGCUGCCACUGACUGACCUGGAGCUGAAGUUCCAGUACCGGGGCCGCCAGGUCUGUGCCCUGACCGUCAGCAACCCCCACGGCUGCCGGCUGUUCCACAGCAGCCUGGAGCCCACGCGGGAGCAGGAGGAGCUCUUCGGGCCCCUGACGCUGGAGCAGGUGCCCUUCCCUGCUCCCGACGCCAUUCCCAACGAGAAGCAGCGCUUCUACACCCACCAGCUGCUGGACGUGCUGGACCGAGGGCUCAUCCUGGAGCUCCAGGGCCAGGAUCUCUUCGCCCUCCGGCUCUGCCAGUGCAAGGUCUUCUGGACGGGGCCCUGUGCCGCUCCCCGGCCCGGCCCCAACCCCAUCCAGAGGGAGAGAAGGACCAAGCUCUUCAGCCUCGAGGGCUUCCUCAACGGCCUCAUCCAGUUCCAGAAGGGGCAGACCCCCACCCCGCCCCCCUUUGAGAUCUUCCUCUGCUUCGGCGAGGAGUGGCCGGACCGGAAGCCCAAGGAGAAGAAGCUGAUCACGGUGCAGGUGGUGCCGGUGGCGGCGCGGCUGCUGCUGGAGAUGUUCUCCGGGGAGCUGUCCUGGUCGGCCGACAGCAUCCCGCUGCACAUCUCGCACCCCGACCUCAAGGACAGGAUGGUGGAGCAGUUCAAGGAGCUGCACCAGCUCUGGCAGAGCCACCAGCGGCUGCCGCCGGCGCAGCCCCUGCCCGGCCCCUCCGCAGGGCCCUGGGCGCUGCCAGCCGGGCCCCUGCCCCACUGAGGGGACACGGUGACACCUGUGACACU